UAAUGCAGUCUGCUGCAGAGACUGUGGAGAAUGCCUCCAUCCUGUCAGGGGGCUCGGCACAGGACGGUCAUCGGCUCUGGAUCGGCAACAUUGACCCCAAAAUCACAGAGUACCACCUAGUGAAGCUCCUGGAGAAGUUUGGCAAAGUGAAGCAGUUUGACUUCCUGUUCCACAAGUCAGGUCCUCUGGAGGGCCAACCAAGAGGAUACUGCUUUGUCAACUUCCACACCAAAGAGGAGGCUGAACGGGCUAUUCAGUGUCUGAAUGGAAAACUGGCACUUUCUAAGAAGUUAGUGGUGCGUUGGGCUCAUGCUCAGAAGUUUGAACCCUUCAGAGGGGACAAAAAUGUGCCGGCCAGUUUAGAGCCUUCAUCCAGUGAAGCAGAGCAGCUGCCAACCACACUGAGUGUUAAUGCAAAGAUCCGUGCCAUCGAAGCCAAGCUGCAGAUGAUGGAAGAAAACCCAGAUGACUAUCCCGGCCCAUCUGUGUACAUCUACAACAAACCCCCCGAUAAAAGAGACAAGAGGUCCCAGCCCUACUACAAGCCGUUCCGCAAAUUCAGGAGAUGACCUCUCCAACAACUGGCCAAGUGUCUCUGCACUGAGCGGACUGUGAGAUGUGCGGAGAUAAGCUGCUCUUGUCUCUUGGCCAGUGUGAGACUGUAAUGUAUUAUGAGAAGAGAGUGUCCAAGACCUUCGAUUGGUAGUGCUUUUCUGUUUCUCAGCCAGCGGAGGAGUCUUUUUACUGUGAAAGACAACUGAUGUAAGCAAAAUCUAACCACAAAAUUCUAGUGAAUUUAGUUUUUCCUUCUUCGAAUAUUGAUGUUACCCAAGUCAUUUCAGUUCUUCAGGUUUUAAAGGGAUAGUUCAGUCAAAGGAUGACAGUUCUUUCAUCAUUUACU